AAAGGGCAAAAUAAACAUUGUAUAAAUUUCAAAUAUAUUUUAAAAUUUCAAAUUUUAAAAGGAUUUUGUUGUGAAAAUUCCUAAGUACAUAUAUAUAUACCUACAUCGAUAAUCAUCUUAUACAUAAGCAUUUGAGAAAUUUCUUAGCAAGCUCUUCAGACUUUCCUUGCUAAAUUCACAUAAAAAUUCAUUUGUGUAUAAGGAGGGACUCCCCGUUGUGGAAAUUAACUCAAAAUCUCUCUCUGUAUUAUUGUAAUAAUUCCAUUAAUAUCUUUCACAAAAUACCUUCUUCUUCAGCCUUACCCAUCGUCAUAUUACUAUCAUAAGCCGAACCCAUGAGCCAAAACAGCACUGCUACUCACCAACCACAGACUUCAAGAAAUGCAUAUUCACAACAACCCCACAACUCCCAAAGAUGUAAACAGAUCAUCAGCCGUCUGAUCUUGGUGUUGGUCCUUUUGUUCCUCCUAUGCUGCGUUUCGGUGUCCAUUGCAUGGCUUAUCUAUCAUCCAUGUCUUCCUGUGGUCAGGCUCGACUCCCUCACGGUUUCGAACUUUACCCUUUUCAAAUCCAAUUUGACGGGAAAGGGGAACAUCACGGUCACCCUAGAAAACCCAAACAAGAAAAUAAACCUGAAGCUUGAAAACUUCCAAGUCAAGGUUUUUUAUGGGAAAACUAUUCUUUCAAAGAAUGAUUCCGUGGCAGAUCCGACGUACCUGAGGAACGGGAGCAAAGAGGUCUCCACGGCGGAGCUUAGAUUUGAAGGUAAAGAUGGGAUCUCUGGGUGUGAAGAGGUGUUGAAGGACAAGGGUUGGGGAAGUAGAAAUGGGGCUGUAAGUCUUGAGGUGAAGGUGUUCAUCUCCACGAAAUUCAUAGCAGGGGAAUGGCUAAGUACCAGGAAAUCAACAUGGGCUCUGUGCGAGGUUGAAUUGUCUCCUGCUUCACAUGGUGGGCUUGGAAACCUUCUCCAUGGAGGGAAAGAUUGCGUAGUUCAUUUUUCCAUCCAUUCAUGAUUAAAUCUUCUUCUUCUUUUUUUUUUUUUUUUUUUAAAUAUUUAAUAUAUAACCUCUUUAUAUGGGGGAAAAAAAAAAAAGGGAAAUUCUUCUUUGAGGUUUUUUUUAUUCUUCUUUUUCCCUGGCUUGGUUUUUUUCUCAUUGAGUUUUUCCAAGUCUCAGGUUUUAAUCAAGGCUUUCAGGGAGAACUUAAAAAAGUUUCUGUUCCUCUUCUUCCUUGGGUUUUGCCCUAUUGGAUUGUAUUUGUUUUUUUUGUGUCCACUGCCCUCUUUUUGGAGCUUGUCGAGCAUGAUUAAUAUAUAAACCUCAUUUCGUUUUUACUGUACUCUGAGGUUUUCAUUUAAGUCAAGUAUUAAUUCCUUUUUGUUGUGUUUUUCCUUUACCGUUAAUUAUGUAUAGAUUUGUAAUUAUAUGUUAACAUAGUUGAUUUUUAAUUGUUAUUUUGAUUUUU